CAUGAAGUCCUAAAAUGCUUUGUUGACGCGACCGUUAGCCUAAAAAAAUUGUUAAUUUACUACAUUACCCAGAAUCUUAUGUGCUCAAAAGGACGGCAGUUGUGUGUACAGGUCUUGCGAUGUGCGAAGGCUCUUUGACACGACUACUGAACACUCUUUGUUGAAACGGUUACAUAGUUUUGUAGCUGUUGGUAGAAGAGUAAUCAUGUUUGGGCAUAUAUUGUAGUAGCAGCGGUCUAUAACUAAACAGAUGAUGACGUUGCCAGGUCACAAUCCUCACCUCUUUAGGUGGAAGAGGCUCGGCAAGAGUAAAAACGCAGACAAGAUACAUGUGAAGAAUGGGGACAUCGAUCAGUGGAGGAAGCGUGUGGAGGUGGCUUCCGAGUUUGCUGUAUCGGAAGUCUUCCCCCACAAGAAACCUCAUUUAGGAACCAACAGCCUAGCUGUACCAUUGCAAAGCACUGAGCAGAUAAGAGAUCACGAUGACGCUUACAGUGAAGCUCAGGCUCUUCUUGGUGAUUGGCUGAACAGUAAGUUGCGGCUGGAACUGGAGGUGGAGGAGGAAGAUGACCUGGUGUGCUCCAGUGAGAGGAGAAGCUCUGCUGCACAUGCUAUGUCUCAGCCUGCCGCCCUAAACUUCUGCAACUUUGAUGAUCUGUACAACUGCCUGGCCGAGGAAGAAGAGCACAGUGCCGUUAACAGCUUCCUUCAGGACCUGAUGGAGCAAGAGGUGUUGGACUCGGGAGGGAUCGAGGAACUGGCGAUGGAUGUUGGACAAACAAGGAAGAAGUUCAGAGAUCCGACUGUUACCAUGGAAGCACGACACCUACAGGUGCGAGAGAACAGGGCCCGGCAGGAGGCUGAAAGGCAGAGGCAACAGAGAGAGAGGGAGGCCCGGCGGGGUGCCACAGAGGAGGCAAAGAGGAGGGAGCGAGUGGAGGACACAAGGAAGAAGCAGCAGGCACGCAGACAGGAGGAGAUGGUGCAGCAGGAGAUGGUGAGACUGCGACGUCAGAUGGAGGAGAGGAGAAGCCUGGAACAGCUGGUUCGACAGAGGGAAAGGGAGAGAGUAGAAGGGCAAACGGCAGCCAGAAGCCUCCAGUCAGCUCCUCCACUUCCCACUAAAGAGCAGCAGCGGGACACAGAGAAACUUUUUAAAGAACAGAAAAUUCAAACGAUGGUUCUCAUGGGUAAUCUCAAGUGUCUGCAGAGGCAUUUCUCUAAAUGGUAUUCAGUGGUGUUGGCCAGAAGGCUACGCUUAGGUAAAGCCAUGGCCCUCUGUGACUGGAAGCGCCAGCUGAGAGCCUGGCGAGCGUGGCGGGCAGUGGUGUGGGCAGAACAACAGCAGCGAGAGGUGGCGAGAACAGAGGAGAACCUACGACUGGAAAACAGGCAAUGUCAGCUGGCUGUGGAGAGUGACCGAAGGCGGUUGCUACGGCGAUGUCUGAAUGAGUGGCAGCUAUGGUGUCGGAUGGAGAAGGAACAACAAGAGCUUUUAGCCCAGCAGCAGGAGACCCGGCGCAAGAUGGCUGCCUUAAUCAAUGCUGCAUCAACAGGAAAACUCAAGGCCCCAGAAACCCCAAUUGAUCAGCCAAUUAUGGCCCCACCUGAGGCAUCUAACCAACCAGAGACCACGUUAAUGGGAGAGCCGCACAGUUCAAGCACUUCAGCACCCAAUGCCUCUGCAGUACAUCACAAUAAGACCCCUGUGGGUGCUGUGGCCCAGCCCACACAGCCAUGGCAGGUGACCCGACAGCAUGCUGCACCGACUGCUGCUGAGCUCAAAGGGGCACAGCAGAGAUGUGAGGGCCGCCCCUUUAACUGUUCAAAAAGCACGGUGCCGCCAGGCAGCAAGUUUCACAACAGACACUCCACCCAACAGCAGAUCAUCACACAGCAGAGGAAGCUGUUGAAGGAGCAGCAAGAGCAGAUUGCACAGCUGAAGGAGGAGCAGAGCGUGACGGGGUUGAAGCUGGAAAUGGAGAAAACCACACAGCUCAAGCAGCUAUCAAUAAUUGGAGGCUCGAGACCAAAGUGCCUCAACUUUGACCGCUCAGAGCAGAGGAAGGCCCACUGCACAAUGCCACUGAGCGUUAACGGAGAACCUGACAGUCCCUGUGCACCUCCAAGGGAAGCUGUCACACGACAGACAUGCCAGCAUCCAAUCAUCACUGCCAUGGAGGCCCGUUCACGUCAACGUGCAGAGCGAAGGAAGGAGAUUGAGGGACUAAAGAAAAAGAAGGAAGAGGAAAAACUGGCUGAGAUGAAAGCUGCUGAGGAGCAGAGGCAGAGAGAGGAGGAGGAGGAGAAACGCAAAGCAGUCGAAAAGAAGAGGGAGGAGAAAAGGCAGAAAAGAGAGAGGGAAGAGGAAAAACAGAGGCAACUGGAAAGGCAACAGGAGCUCCUAAAGCUGGCCCACCAGCACUACCACAGAAACUUGCUGCUACGGCGAGGCCUGGUGCCAUGGAAACGCCUCAUUGAGCUUAGACAAGCCAACAUACAGCUGGCUGAGAAUCAUCACAAUCUCUUCCUCUUGGGGCGGUGCACACUAGGCUGGCAGCAAUCAGCAAGAGAGUCCCUUGCUGAGAAAGAAGCUUCAGCUGACCAACUGCACCAGCACUUCCUACUUCGGCGUAGCUUAAGCUACUGGAAAAGACUCAAGGACUGGCGGAUGAUUCAAAAGGAGAGAGCCGAGCGUUUCUAUCGCACUCGCACUCUGAGGGGGUUUCUGUGGGCACUGCUGCACCACGUGACCCAGGAGAGGCUGGUGGAGUGGGACCGUCAGGAGCUGGCUCAGGAACACAAUAACAGACGGGUGGUGCGACGAUGUUUGCUGGCCUGGAGGCAGUUUCCCUGUCUGAUGCGCAAGGAAAAAGUGAGGGAGGAGCGGCGGGAGAAGCUGGGACGGAGAGUGACAGCGGUUCUGCCCGAUUUCUGCUCCUAUCCACCGUAAAGCCUCUAGGAGAAACAGACACUAUAGGAGACAAACUGCACACCCACACUGUCGACACAUAAUCUCCAUAACUCUGGAGAGGAUACACAUGCAAAUACAAAAUUAAUACACACAUGCGCCUUUCUCACAUUCAUUUAAUAUAAAUACAUUUAAUUUCUUACAAACACACAACUGGAUGCAUGCAUAAAUGUGUUUUUCAUUUAUUCAAGAAUCCUUUUGAACCAGCUUAAGAGAAUAAAAGUCCCUAUUUAUAAUCUUACUAUCCAAUCGUUUAUUAUGUUUAAUGCAAUGGGGAGUUGUAGAACUUGAAUUAUGUUACUUGUUCCAGGAUGUUUGAUUCAUCUGUGAUAAAUAUCUAUGACACAUUUCACAAAUCCAGGUCAGGUUCCCUCCUUUGUGCACACUGCAGAUAAGUGUUUGUGGAAGAAUGUGCAGACAGACCAUCCUUGAAAAGAUGUUUUGCACAUUUUGUGCAGGACUGACAAUCUCCAGAGACGUCAUCUGGUUGCUGACGCCGUGCUAUAAAAAAAAACAUCCCUAGGACCAGAACAGAUUACUCAGUCUUACAUUUUUCUUGUAUGUCAACUUUCAGCAAGGCACUAGAAUGUCGGAGACAAAGACAGGUCUAGGGAAGACGGUCACUGUGAAGGAAACGGUGAUCUUUGUUCGGCAGACAUUGACGGUCAGUGUGAGUAGAUACUCGCAUAGAGUAGAUAGCUGCAUAGAGGAGAUUCCAGUUGUGAGUGACAUUCAUGUGAAUGUAUCUGGAGUUUGUAGGUAUUGCUGUGUCAAAGUCAAAAUCAAUAACUGCAGUAACCAAGCGAUAAAUGUCCUUUCAGAAUUUAGUGAAAGGAGCUAUGCUGCCAUCCAUUGGACAUGAACAACACCACCACCACUUUGACACAACACAAUGCUUUCUACAGUUAAUGUGGUGACUUUCUGAUGUUAGCAUCAACUUGUCACAGAACUUCCUCUGAAUUUAUCAUUUUGUCGGUUUUUGUUUUAAAAAGCCUUUUGUCAUCUUCCAUGCUGUGCUGUACAUUCACAUGUAACAUGGAUCUAACACUACUCAUGCAGAUGCUCCAGACUUUACUACUGGGAAUCCAUGCUGUCUAGGGUUUCAGAAUCAAGGUUGGGCAAUGGUCUCUUACACCAGUUCUGUUGGGACGGGAGAGGGUGGAUUCAGUUUUUCUCCCAUGGUCAUGAACUCUGCC